UUAAAGGACUGGAAGGAACAUGGACUUGGCAAUGUACAUGGGAAGGAAGAAGUUUAAGGUUAUGGGAAGAGAUAAGGUGGCAAGGGGGAGAAGAACAAGUGGAAAGAGUGGGAAAUAAGUUCUGAGCGAAGUCACCUAAAGUUUCUCUCAGAAGUCUUUAAAGGGAAAUUGCCAAUUAUUCCUCUCAGUGAUUAUUCCAGUUUCCUAGCAAAGGCUGUACACAAUAAUAACAGGUCUUGGUCGAAGCAGAGAGUCCAGGGAGGAACAAAAUUUAACUGGAGAUCAUUAAAGUGACCUCCAAUGUAUAUUAAUGACUUCAGCCGGUCUGAUACAAGAGCCAAAAAUUUUAAACCUAAACAGGCAGAUUCUAAGAUAAUUGCUAGGAAAAUACUGAGUCCGCAGGAGUAUUCACAUGAGAGUUGAAAUUUACAGGAUCCUUGCCUAUCUCGCAAACUCAAAAAUAAGGCUAGCUAUUCUUCAAGGUUAAAUGCUUCACACAAAUUCAAGCGGUGCAUCAGAACUGCAUCUGGAUCACAGUCAGUAAGAACAAAGACAAUGUAUAAUUUCUUGUUGAACCACAAAAUUCAGAAGAAACUUGAUUCUUUGAAAGAAAAGAUGAAAAGUAAUCAGCCAAAGAAAGUCAGAUUUAAUAUAUAGAACCUUGGAAGAGAAACAAAAAUAGAUAUUUUUUCAAUUUAGUA